CUGAUGACAUAAAUUCGUCGCGAACUGUCUAUGAAGUUUGGCUCGAUGAUAUUUUGUUCGCGUGGCAUUCGCAUUUCUUCAGGAUAUACGCGACCACGACGUAAUGAUUAAAAUUGCGCAACACGAUAUCACAAAUAAGAUAUCGUCCUCGAGAUAAUAUCGUAGAGGCGACGACAGCGGUUGAUCACUGUGACAAGAGGGGUGGUCAUGUUUGCCGCCAUGAACCACAGCGGAUUCACGAGCCGACUUUGGUCGCGCGGACUCGCACGUCAACUUCGCGGAUCAAGGUUGUUAUCGGCUAUUAAAGGACCGCCACCCGAAGUAGAAACAGCUAUAGCGGCCCAAAUGGCGGAUGUCACAGCAUGCAAAACGCUUCCAACAGCGGCAAUGCGCGCAUCGAGGUCACAAAUUGUUCGCGUAUAUCGAUGGAAUCCGGAAACGCCAAACGUAAAGCCGUACAUGCAGCAGUUCACCGUGGAUUUGAACAAAUGCGGCACAAUGGUACUUGAUGUGCUGGGAUUGAUUAAAGCGGAGCACGAUCCAACGCUAUCCUACCGGAGGUCCUGCCGCGAGGGCAUCUGCGGAUGUUGCGCAAUGAAUAUAGACGGUGUCAAUACUUUGGCUUGCGUAACAAAAAUAAAGGAAUCUCCGAAGCCGCUGGUAAUCUAUCCUUUACCACAUACAUAUGUGAUUCGGGAUUUGGUGCCGGACAUGGAACAGUUCCUGCAACAAUUCCGGUUAAUUGAUCCAUAUUUAAAACGGCCAGGCGAGGAAAGUUUUCUCGGCUUGCGGCAGAUUUUGCAGAGUCCGAGGGAUAGGCUGAAGCUCAACGGCUCGUAUGAAUGCGUAAUGUGCGGUUGUUGCACAUAUUCAUGUCCCCCUUAUUGGUGGCUCGGUGAUAAGUAUCUGGGACCUGCGGUUCUAUUACAGGCAUACAGAUGGGUGAUAGAUUCACGAGAUUUGGCACAUCAUGAGAGGCUGGCGAAACUACGAGAUUUUUACUCGGUUUUUCGAUGCAAGACUAUCUUUAAUUGUACCAAAACAUGUCCUAAAGGUCUAAAUCCGGGAAAAGCGAUAGCGCAGUUGAAACGUCUACUAUCAGGACUUAUGAAGAAAGAGAAUCCAGAUCUCGAGACAACGCUUCCAAAUCCUUGUCACGGCGAAGAGGAAUAUCCCUGCAGGAAGGAAUAAAAAAAUAAUAAAUAAACAAUUAAAGACAUUU